UGUUGACACCCCAGGGCUCUUCGACACCAAGGAGAACCUGAGCACCACCUGCAUGGAAAUCAGCCGCUGUGUCCUCGCCUCCCGCCCCGGGCCUCACGCCAGCGUCUUGGUCGUGCAGCUGGGCCGCUUCACGGAGGAAGAGCAGAAAACCGUGGCGUUGAUCAAGGCUGUGUUUGGGGAACCAGCCAUGAAGCACAUGAUCAUCUUGUUCACUCGCAAAGAGGAACUGGAGGACCGCGGCCUAAGCGACUUUGUGCGGGGUGCGGACGUAAAGUUACGAAGCAUCAUUUAGGAGUGUGGAGACCGCUGCUGUACCUUCAGUAACAGGAGUACAGACCGGGCUGAGAAGGAAGCUCAGGUGCGGGAGCUGGUGGAGCUGAUAGAGAAGAUGGUGCAGAACAACCAGGGGGCUUACUUUUCCGACGCCAUAUACAAGGACAUAGAGGAAAAGCUGAGAAAGUGGGAGGAAGUCUUGAAGAAAAUCUACAC